GUGAACUAUAUUUUGUUUUAAUAUCACAAAACAAUGACUGAUGUGAGCACGACUAUUUCGCAUUCAAAACUAGCCUGGCAUUUUUUAAAUUCAUGAAAGUGGAGUUAAAAUACGUAAGAUUUGUGAAUUCAAAUGAUGUGAUAUUCAAGACAGAUCUUGUGAGCUUUAUAAAAUGCAAUUCAUCAUCAUUUAAAAUGUCUUGAUUCUUCACAGAAAAAGUAGCCUGCGAAUACAGGCGCCUAUCAUCGCUCACGGCUGGGGUCACGUCCACCGCAAUCCCAGCGCAGUUUUUGAAAUAGGUUUUAGAGUACUACGAAUUCAAUGAUUGAAUUCGCACUGCUGUUUAAUAGGAAUAUGCGCAUUUUUAAUAUUACAAGGUGACAACGCAAGACAAUUGAAGCCCUUUAAAUUGCAGUGAAACGUGAUGAGCUACAAAUCACCCACGUAGAAAACUAUUUAUAUUUGAAAAUCUCAUAUCAUAUGUUUGUAGUUGCUUCUCUUUCUUUAGAAUUGUUUUCAUCUUUUGUAUGUUGCUAAUACAUAUGGAAUAAUAUAAUUUUCAUGAUCUGUGACCGGGUUUCUGAUGCCAUCGUGGUACAAACACAGCAAACAUUUUUUCUAAUCGAUGAUAAAUAUAGUUAUAAAUUAAAAGAUUGUAUAAUAGAUGACCAAAUCUACCACGGAAAAAGCUCUUUUGAUGAAUGUAACCCUGUUAGGAAUUGAGCAAGGAAUCGCAUUUUUAGUUUUCCUAUUUUAAUAAUAUUAAGUACAACGUUCCUAUACUCAGAGUGGAAAAACUUUGCACCACAAAGGGUGUGGAAAACUGAAAACAAUUGCGGCCUUCCCAGCUCGGCUGUAUUCCUCAAAUUUGAUCAGAAUUAAAGUCUUUCAUCUGUUUAUCUUUAUAAACUGUCCGAUUCAGGAAUAUUUGGAAUUUUAAUUUUCUGUGAAUGAGUCUAUUUGACAUUAGUGGCAUUGUUCGCUGACAUGGCUGUCGGGUAGUCUAUAUCGAAACUGCCCUACUUUUAUUCUAGAGAAUGAAAUAGAUGGAGACGCAUUCCGCCUUCUGGACAGGGAUUCCUUGAAGGCUAUGAUCCCAAAACAGGGUUUGUUGCUCAAGUUUGAUCAAAAGUUUAAGCAAAUUGCCAACAACCUGGAGACUGCAUCCCCUAAAGUGGUUUUAACUACUGGCAGCACAACGCCUGUUGUUGUGACUGAUGAUGUUCAAUCCUAUCCAUCCCCAUCCCCUGUAUGUGACGAACCGUCUCAAAAACCGCUUAAAGAAGAGAUUAUCAAAGAGCAAUCAAAAAUUUAUGGCAGAUUCAGGGGAGAUGCGAAGUUGACAGCGUGGCAGGAAGCUGUAAACGCUGCAGCCCUCAAAAUAGCCUUGAAGUCGCCAAAUGAAAUGUGCGACAGAGCAUCCUUAAAAGCAAGCGCUGAGGCAGAUGCAAGGAAAACCUUUGUCUACCGUAAGAAAACCGGUUCCAGAUCAAAAUUUGCUGAGUCCGAGAAGUCUGUACCCAAAACGAAAAAGCAGUCAACUGAUGACAGAUCCAAAGAAAUCAACUUGCUUUCUGUGGAACUUCAGUCACUAACAGCGCAAAGCGCAAAUAAACAAAAGGAGGUUGCGCAUGCAAAUAAUUUAAAGGAAAACAAAAGAUGCACAAGUUUGCACAAAGAGUUGCGUGCUAUGUUAGUUGAAAGGCAACAAGUACAAAAUAAGCACUCCGAUCUUCACAAAAAGGAAGCAAAGCAUUAAACUUACAUGGCAUGAAGAAC